AUGCGGAUGGCACUUUUGGUGAAAAACAAGCUGGGUUUCAUAGAAGGAACUUGCUUGAAAAGCUCUUACAAAGGAGAAUUGGCGAAUCAAUGGGAAAGAUGUAACGCGAUUGUGCUUUCAUGGAUAGGACGUACAGUAUCUACAGAGUUACAGCCCAGUAUCAUUUAUGCUUCGUAUGCAAAAACAGUGUGGAACGAGUUCAAAGAGAGGUUUGAUAAAUCUAAUCUCACUCGUUUUUACCUUUUGUGGAUACAAAUUGGAUCAUUAAAGCAAGGUACUGAUUCUGUAACAUCAUAUUAUACGAAAAUGAAAGAUCUCUGGGAUGAAAUUGACCUACUGGUUCCAGCGCCUGGUUGUGAUUGUGAAGAAACUAGGCCUUUCAUUGAGCAAUUUAAGAAUUUGCGUUUGUUACAGUUCCUAGUUGGGAUUAAUGAAAGCUAUAGUCAGGUGAGAAGUCAGAUAUUGCUUAAGACAUCAGUAUUGAAUGUAAAUCAGGCUUAUGCUUUGGUCAUUCAAGAAGAAAGCCAACGUGAACUAAGUGUGCUUGAGGUAAGUAGGGAACCUUUAACUAUGAUGGCAGGACAGAAUCAAGGAUAUAAGAAUAAGAAGAUUUGGAUUGUUUGUGAACACUAUGGAUAUAAAGGACACCUCAAGGUAAAUUGCUACAAAAUUAUAGGAUAUCCUCCUGACUUCAAGAGCAAGAAGAAACAACAAGAACAAGGAAACAGAGCUUAUGCUAACAUGAUGACAGAAGAAACUACAAGCUCUUCUCAAGGCCAACAGGUGGGACAACUGUUCACUGAAGGUCAAUACAAGCAGAUACUGGAGCUUCUGAACAAAACACUUGCAGGUGAUUGUCAUACACUAAUGGCAGGUAUAACCACAUUGUUGUCUGAUGCAUCUUUGUGUGAAUGGGUAGUAGAUACAGGAGCAUCUCACCAUAUCGCAUGUCAUAAAGACACCUUAUCUAAUAUAGAGAACAUUGAGCAACACAGGAAUCAUAAAGUGCAGGGUCUUUACAAUGGGAAGGUGAUGGGGAUUGGUAGAGAGAACUAUGGACUUUAUAUUCUCAAAUGGAGAGACAAGCCUGUAGCAGCAUUGGCUACCAAGGACACUGAUGAGUGCAGUCUUUGCUGUAAUGCACUGUUAGCAUCCUUAGGCAUUGUGCAUCAAAGCAGUUGCCCAUACACACACCAACAGAAUGGGGUGGUGGAAAGGAAACACAGACAUAUACUUGAAGUGGCUAGAGCAUUGCAAUUUCAGAGUUCUGUUCCUAGUAGAUUUUGGGGAGAUUGCAUCAAGACAGUUGUUUACCUGAUCAACAACAACUUACCAAAAGGAGACAAGUUUGCAAAGAGAGCAAGAAGAUCGGUCCUCAUAGGUUACUCAGAAGUUCAAAAGGGGUACAGAGUGUUUGACUUAGAAACUAAGACUAUAUUUGUAAGUAGGGAUGUUAGUUUUAGAGAACAUAUCUUUCCUUUUAAGGAAAGUGUGACCAUUCCACAAGAUCCCUUUCCUACACAAGCCUCUAUACCAUCACACCCUGAUCCCUCAUUGCCUACAUCCACAGACCCUCACAUUCCACCUACAGACAAUAUUCUAGUCACAGAAAACACCAACAUGCCUACUGCAAAAGUCCUACAGCUUGAUCAUAUAGCCCAAAACACAGAAGCAACAGAGGUUGAUCAUGAUAAGCAAGAUACCUCAACUGACUUAGUUCCAAACACUGAACCAGAGCUCAAUGUUACUCCUGACAAUAGCAUACCUGCUUCCACUGAUAGCAGAUGGGUCACAGCUAUGCAACAGGAGAUCCAAGCUCUUGAAGAUAAUCAUACUUGGGAGAUAAUGGACUUACCAGCAGGGAAGCAAGCUAUUGGUUCUAAAUGGGUAUACAAGAUCAAGUACAAGGCCAAUGGAGAGAUAGAAAGAUACAAGGCAAGGCUGGUUGCUAAAGGUUAUAAUCAAAAAGAAGGAAUGGACUACCAUGACACAUUCUCACCUGUAGCAAAGAUGGUCACAGUCAGCACCAUUAUCAGCAUUGCAGCUACCAGGGGUUGA